UAUGUCCUAACGUGUCCGCUUCUUUCCCCACCCGUCCCCCACCUCCCUCGCCUCGGAUCUUUUUCCCCAUCCCUCGGGCGCGCGCAUUAUAUCGCCGUGCUAGAAGCCACCCACGAACUGGUGCUGCUCCAUUACGUACGGAUUGAUUGAACCACCGCGCGGGGUUCUUGAGCGCGUGCGUAGCUCGACCGAGAUCGGCUGCAUGGCGUCCUCCAGCGACCUCGAAGCGGUGCCGGUGCAUGUGGAGGUGGAGCAGCCGGCCGAGGCAUGCGACAGUGGAAGCGGCUCGGCAACGACCACGACGGAAGAGAGCGAGGCGGUCGUCCAGGAGCAGCAUGGCACGGCGCCCGAGCCCGAUCACCAUGAUGCGGCGGCGCCAGAGCAGGCCGCGGAGGUGUCGCCAUGGAAGGAGCCCGAGGAGGAGAAGCAGCCAGUGGCCAAGGAGGAAAGGGAGCUGAAGGCGCCUGGGGAUGAUCAUCAGGAGAGCACGCGGGAGAGGCUGAAGCGGCACAGGCAGGAGAUGGCCGGCAGGGUGUGGGUGCCGGAGAUGUGGGGGCAGGAGAAGCUCCUCAAGGACUGGGUGGACUGCGCCGUCUUCGACCGCCCGCUCGUGCCGACGGGGCUGCUCACGGCGCGCCGGGCGCUCAUCGCCGAGUGCUGCACGCGCCGCCCGGACAGAACGUCGACAGCAGCCUCGGCCGGCUCCGGCCCUCUACGGGUGCAGAACGGCUGCAUCUGACUCCUGAGUCCUGAGUAUCACCUCCACUCCAGUCGCCAUUAGCUAGCGGUGGAUCGAUUUGCCUUAUUUUUGCUCAAAUAAGAGAUCCUUCUUGGUUCGGAGUUGUGAAGAUCUAGUGCGUCGUCUUUCGUGUUUUCUGAUCUUGUGAAUUACAUACGACCUUGAUUAGCUUACAAACACUGCUAAUAAUUCUGAGAUAAUGAUCUGUUUGAAUC